CUGAAUUCUUUUUUGUUUGUUUUUGGGGAUCUUUGGGGCUGAUUUGAGGAUGUGGUGAUGGUUGAGGUGAAGGGUGACGAAAUCGGGUCAGUAGGUGAUCACCAACCAUUUCACUUAUAUUCAUGUAUUUAAAUUUUUGCCGUCUAUUGCCUCGUGGUUCUUCUCGUAAACUGAGUGUUUUUCCAUGUCGACAUGCUUCUUGUGGGUGGUUUUCGGAUUUUUUUUUUUGGUUGCAAGUGCUAGUGAACGGGCCGAGGUGAAAUGAUCCACUUCUCCCGAAAAACACAAAACAGUGACGCUAGAAGCACCACAACCCAAUGGCCGUCUGGCUAAAUAAUCUGUUGUAAAUUCCGGUACUCAACACUCCAAUAACGGGCGUGAAAGUACAGCAAGCAACGUAGUUGAGACUUCUUUCAAACACCAUGUCGUGCAAUCAGGGAAUACCAUACAAGUAUAAUAAUCAUAGAGAGUGUCAUUAUUUACCAAGCUCAAGACUAUCCAUUUCACUGUGCUAUUCCAUGAAAAGCUUGGAAAGACGGCGUAACUACCUAUGUAUCUAGCCACCAUGUACACGGUCGGUUUCAAAUAGGUACCAAUUUUGAGCCGGAUCAACAUCAACACAAAUAUCUCUCCACCAACCAUCUAAACGUAUCCAGAAGGUCUUGCGCAAGCAGGCUCAUUAGGAUUGCUCGUAUGUACCAAUCAUGGAAUCUACUAAUAUCGGAAACCGCGGGUUGAGAGAGCACACUAAAGAUGAUCUGGUUGAUUCAGCUUAAAAAAUGAACAAGAACUCAAAGCGGCGAGCUCCUGGGAAGCGUCACAUCCAUGCACAUGUGGAUGUAUGCACGUAUGUGUCGCGUGUUAGUGGAGCUCCAAUGAGAAACCAUUCUUGUACGACGAAUUGAUGAAAAGCAGCUAAGGUAAUCUCUGAACGAAGAUCUGUUGCCGUGUACGCCGUUGUGAGGAUUGCACCAGGAGUCGUACCUAACUGCUGCAAUUGAAGUUAUGGGAACAGUGACCUGGAAGAUAUACAGGUACUGCAAAAUCGUGGGUCAAACGAUGGCAAGAACCAAUCGGCAAGCUUCUACAAGGAUUUUCUCUAAAACAAAUAAAAGUAACGCUGCACCUUUCUGGAUGGAUGACAAGAGCGUUAAGGUUGAUGGCUGCUGGGGUAUGAGUGGACCCUGAUGAAAGAAAAGGCUAGCCCGGAUAAAGGCUAGUUCUUCCGCGGCUUGGCAUAUGCGGUUACCGAACAUGUAUUCGCAACCUCAUUGAAAGCACCUGGCUGCCUGUCCAAGUGACCAAGUCUACUGCCUACAUCCCCGAUCUGCGCAUCAUGUUCCGAUAAGAGAUACGAUACAGAACCUCCGACAAUUAUUAUCUGCAGAAUAACAUCACACAAUGGCGUCAGCGGUCUUCUUCCUCGACCUCAAGGGCAAGACCCUUUUGGCGCGCAACUACCGGGGAGACAUUCCCAUGUCCGCAGUUGAAAAGUUUCCCGUACUGCUCAGCGAAGCCGAAGAAGAAAGCUCCGCCGUUCCCCCGUGCUUCUCCAACGAAGGCAUCAAUUACCUCUACAUCCGUCACAACAAUCUUUACCUUCUCGCUCUCACCAAACGAAAUACCAAUGCCGCCGAGAUCUUGCUGUUCCUGCACAAGGUGGUCGAAGUCUUCACCGAAUACUUCAAGGAGCUGGAGGAGGAGAGUAUCAGGGACAAUUUCGUCGUCAUCUACGAGCUUCUUGACGAGAUGAUGGAUUUUGGGUAUCCUCAGACAACAGAAAGCAAGAUUCUGCAAGAGUACAUCACCCAAGAAUCCCACAAGCUCGAGGUACAAGCACGACCCCCCAUCGCCGUCACAAACGCCGUCAGCUGGCGAAGCGAAGGUAUCCGCUACCGCAAGAACGAAGUUUUCCUCGAUGUUGUCGAAUCUCUCAAUCUUCUCGUGUCCGCAACUGGCAACGUGCUCCGGUCCGAAAUUCUCGGUGCUAUCAAAAUGAAGUGUUACUUAUCAGGUAUGCCCGAGCUACGACUUGGGUUGAAUGACAAAGCUAUGUUUGAGUCUACGGGACGUGCGACUAGAGGAAAGGCAGUGGAGAUGGAGGACGUGAAAUUCCACCAAUGCGUGCGAUUAUCGAGGUUCGAAAACGAUCGCACAAUCAGCUUCAUCCCGCCAGAUGGCGAAUUUGAGCUCAUGAGUUACCGUCUUAACACACAGGUGAAGCCCUUGAUUUGGGUGGAGUGCAUAGUAGAGAGCCAUUCAGGUAGCAGGAUAGAGUACAUGCUCAAGGCUAGAGCACAGUUUAAGCGACGAAGCACAGCGAACAAUGUUCAGAUCUCGAUACCCGUACCCGAAGACGCAGAUACUCCUCGCUUCCGCACUAAUAUUGGCACUGUACAUUAUGCACCUGAGACGUCAUCCAUUGUUUGGAAGAUCAAGCAGUUUGGAGGCGGCAAGGAAUUCUUGAUGCGCGCGGAGCUAGGUCUUCCCUCUGUACGCGGUGACGAUGAGAAGGGUGGUGGUAUGAUGGGUGGCUUUGGCGGUAGCAUGGGUGGUGUUGGUGACGGUAAAGGAAAGAGGCCGAUCAGUGUCAAGUUCGAAAUCCCGUACUUCACAACCAGUGGUAUUCAAGUGCGAUACCUCAAGAUCAUUGAGCCCAAGCUUCAAUACCCUUCAUUGCCAUGGGUGCGGUAUAUAACACAGUCAGGGGAUAUCGCGGUGCGGCUGCCCGAUGUGACGAAAUAG